GUUAAGUCCUCUCUUUUCCGAAGGAUCUGACUUUAUCCCGGAAUUCUGACGCCGAAGCUUAAAUGGAAAAAGAAGAUGAGCUCCAGAAGUUAAACGGUCAAGUUUCAGCUCCACGAGACGGAGAUGUAGAAGAUGACGAUCCACUAGUGUUGAGUUCUCAAGCUUUGGCGGCGCUUCGGGAAUUUCUAGCAGACCAGAACAAGACUGUUGCGAGCACGCCACCGGCGUCUUCCGUCGCCGGAGGAGAAGAAUCCGAUAAAGUGGAGCUGGUUACGGAGGAUUGGAGACUCAGCCAGUUCUGGUACGAACCUGAAACUGCAGAGACUGUAGCAGAUGAAGUGGUCACUCUCUCUCAAAGAAUUCCAGGCUGCAGAGUCGCUUGCAUUGCUUGCCCUACUCUCUACGUUUAUCUCAAGAAAAGAGAUCCUAGUCUUCAGGUGCAAUUGCUGGAGUACGAUAUGAGAUUCGAGAGAUAUGGAAAAGAGUUCACUUUCUAUGAUUACAACGAACCAGAAGAUCUGCCGCUUCAGCUGAAACAUUGCUUCCAUAUAAUCGUUGCAGAUCCUCCCUACUUGAGUAGGGAAUGCCUGGAAAGAGUUAGUCAAACAAUUUUGUUCCUCGCAAGCCCAGUAGAUUCAUUGUUGCUUCUUCUCACAGGAGAGGUGCAAAGAGAACAUGCAGCUGAGCUAUUGGGUGUUCGCCCUUGUGUGUUUAAGCCUCAUCACUCUAGCAAACUCGGAAACGAGUUCCGACUGUUUAUAAGUUAUGAUCCAGGUACCAGAUUAGGAGGCUUGGAAGAAGACAGCUAGUUGUGACUUGCUUGUGUCUGGCAUUUCAAGCCCUUAUCCUCUAGCAGCGGAGGAACAUUUGUGGCAGGGAACACUCAUCGGCUCAUGUGUGUUGGAUAUUUUUCAUCAAUGUUCUCUUGGUGACCUCACUUUGUUCAAUCGUUCUCUGUAUCUUGUUGCAACCGCAGAUCUCAAGUCUGAUAUACUUUUACAUUAUUAUCAAAAUCUCAACAUAUUUACC